AUGUUCAUUGGUGACGGUGCCAAGUUGGUGAGAGAUGCGUUCGCCUUGGCCAAGGAGAAGGCGCCUACGAUUAUCUUUAUCGACGAAUUGGAUGCCAUUGGAACCAAGCGUUUCGAUUCAGACAAGUCCGGUGACCGUGAGGUGCAGCGUACCAUGUUGGAGCUUUUGAACCAGUUGGACGGUUUCGGCUCCGACGACAGAGUCAAGGUGCUUGCCGCCACCAACAGAGUCGACACGUUGGACCCUGCGUUGUUGCGUUCCGGUCGUUUGGACCGUAAGAUCGAGUUCCCCUUGCCCUCCGAGGAGGCUCGUGAGUCUGUGCUCAAGAUCCACGCCAGAAAGCUCAACUGCGACCACAACCUGAUCAACUGGCGUGAAUUGGCCCGUUCGACCGACGAGUUCAACGGAGCUCAGCUCAAGGCCGUCACCGUCGAGGCCGGCAUGAUCGCCUUGAGAAACGGCAAGUCUGUCAUCAAGCACGAGGACUUUGUCGAGGCCAUUGGCGAGGUCCAGGCCCGUAAAUCCAAGCUGGUCAACUUCUACGCAUAA